AUGGCUGAUACUAAAGAUUCGAAAACUAGAAAAUUCGACCUAGAUCAAGUGACUGGAUAUGAACUGACGGAAACACUGAAAAGAAUGAAACGGAAGAAACAAUUUAACAAACUCGCGAUCUAUUUGGAUUCACAUUACAGCGGUUCAAUGUUCGAUGGAAUCCUCCCAAGCAAUAUCGGCGUCUAUGCGGUGACAUCAUCAGAUGUUGACCAAGCAUCGGCCUCUACUGAGUGUGGCAUGGAUGAACUUCCUUGCUUAGCAACGGAAUUUCCGAAGAGUUGGUUGUAUGAUUUGGAUAUGCAAGAAUUCGGUACUAAUCAAACUCUGCGUGAACAAUACGAAGUUGUCUAUGGUAACGUGCGAUCCUCUAAUGUAUCACGAUAUGGUGAUCUUUCGAUUGAGAAUGAAUCUGUUGCCGCGUUCCAGGGAUGGCCACAGGAAUGGAGCCCGACAGCUUCAUUUCUCAAAGUAGUCCUCACAGGACUAAGAGCAAAUGUAAAGCCAAAUAUUAACAUUAAUAAGUGUCCAAGUAUCAGCAGUAAUAUCAUCGAUUGUAUAUUGAAGCAAAAGAUACCAAAACCUGUUGAUCCGACGAAGCAUGCGCUUAAACAACAACCCGGUAAACAGAAAAAACCAGUCGAUAUCAAGGCACAGAAAAAACGUCAAUAUUUGGACGGUUUCAUGAAAGAAUUGAUAGCCAAGCUAUUCAACACCACGGAAAAACAGCAACGCGUACUCAACAGUCCACGCGGACCAAUAAAACAUCCGGAAUGUCACUUUAAAAUACUCGAAGCGUUCGAUCAGAAGUGCUUCAAUUUGCACGAAAAUCCAUACGCUGGUAAAUACUCAUCAGUACUGUCGAACAUCUGCAGUGAAGGAGUGAAUGUUGAUGCUGUCAUUAAGAAAAUGAUCGAUCAUUGUCAAGGGAUACCCGUCAGCAAUGUCGAAUGA